AUGCUCACGAUUUCAAAAAGAUUCUCCCGAGAUUCUCUAAUAUACCAAAAUAUUCCCAGAUUAUCCCUAAAUGCUUCAACUAUCAGAAGGGCCUCAACGAUAUCUGAUAAACCGGAAAUCCCAUCAUGGCCCCUGUCGUCGAAUCCCACCCCCUAUGAGAUCUUGGGAUUAACACCAUCGGAGAUUAACGACUCAAGACUUCUUAAACGGAAGUACCGGGAGCUUUGCAAGACUUAUCAUCCGGAUCUUUCGAAAUCUCGAAAACUAUUGAACCGCAAAGGUGAGGAACUCGAUAACAAGGCCAAGGAAGCGCGUUUCAAGCAAGUGAGCACUGCGUAUAAUCUACUCUGUGAUCCGACAAAGAGAAGCUGUUAUGAUCGUUUUCAAACCGGUUGGGAAUCAACUUCUGGAAUGGGCUUCAGUCAACAAAAAUACACCGGCACUGCUAACUAUGCUUAUGCUCAUGCUCAUCGUUAUAAUAUGCAUGAUGAUAGAUUUUGGCACGCUGGAAAUUGGGAGGACUAUGCGGAUGUGAAGAACAAACAAGACCCAGAUGAUCCGAUUUUCAAAUCCGAGUUGGCGAAAAAGAACAGAGAAGUGUUGAUUAUGUGCUGUGGAUUGAUGUUGUUUUUUGGAUGUGUGCAAAUUGCGUACGCUUUGGAUCGGUACCAUGCAGAAAUGAAUGCGGUCGAACUCGGUAAUAUCUCAGCAAAUAAUAACUUGUUGUUUGCUUAUAUAAAUCAUGGGCUUGGAUUGGAUAAAUGGUCACGGCUAAAUCACUUUUUAUGGAAUAGAAGAUAUGCAAUGUAUCGCGAUGAUGAGGAGGAAAUGGCUAGACAGGAGGAAGACGAUAACAAAUUGGUAGAAUCUUUGAAGGAAAAACGGCUGGAUUGA